AUGUCCGCCCCAAAUCCAGGCCGCCAAUCGCCCGACGAAGAACGCCAACCUGGAGCUCAACAACAAGAAGCCACGGGCAGCGGAAAAGCGGAGCCCAACGCCGCGCCUAGCGAUGAAUACUCAAAGACGAAAUCGGAUGAGAAUAAGGAGUCGCUGGGAAGUAAUCCGGUGCAUCCACUUGACAAGCAUGCGAAGGAGAAGGCUACUUAG